GCCGACGCCCUAUAUCAAAAAGUCGAAGUCAUUUGCGAGGUGUACGAGUAUAUUGAAGCUGGUGACCAUCCUGUGUGUAUACCUAACGCCUUGAAGAUAAGAUCGGUGCUGCAGCGUGGGGACUCUGAGGUAUCUGGUGGACAGCCAUGGACUGGUGUGACUUUGUGUACUUGGCAGUCGUGUGUUUCUUAACACUGACGUGCACAGCGGCACAAGAAGGUGUCUUUGAGAGCCGCUGUGACACAAACCAGCAGUCGAUGACCUUCACCUAUCAGUCCGGUAGUGAACCCCCUACAUUUAUCUUCGCGGCAGAUCACCCUAACGACUGUAGCCUGGAGUCAGCCGAUCCUAAGGUCACAGGGAGUGGCACAGCCGCUGACCCCUACACUCUGACCAUUAACCCUACAGUGUCGUCUGAGGCCAGUGCUUGCGGGAUACAGAAGUCGGGCUCUGAGUACUCCUUCGCUGUAGAGGUCAGAUUUGGUGUAAUACUUUUAAUUGCUGACUCACGAGACAAGACGUAUCAUGUCACCUGUGAUUUUCCAACGGAAUCAGCACAUACUGUGUUGGCUCAGUAUGCGUGCGAAGGAAGUAAGAAACUAUACUUCAGCUAUGCCACAAACGACUCGGCCCCAGCAGAUAUUUACGCUGUGGGGAAAAAGUCGACGUGUGGGAAAGCCGCGGGGGAGGGGAUGGGAUCAGCAACACUGGAGAACAGAUACGAACUGACCAUUGAUCUGUCUGGAACGACUCAGUCCCCGGACUGUGGUGUACAGCAAGUUUCCACGGACACAUACAGCGUGCGGUUUAUCGUCCAGAGUUCGCCCUCAAUUCUACAGGCAGACGAUAUGACGUAUUACGUGACUUGUAAUUUCAGCCAGCCAUUCACCGAAUUAUCGUCAGCUGAUGGGAUCACUAUAGAGAAACAAUUGACGAACGGGUCUGCUUCCAACCUGAAAGGCGACGCUACCCUGACCGUUUUGGACAGUGAGAAUAACGUGGUGAACAGAAUCACUCUGGGACAACUCAUUAAGCUUCGUGUGGAACUCACUGGCGCAGAUGCCGAAGGAGUGCGCGUGAGAAAAUGUGACGUCAAACCCUCAGUGUCCUCAUCUCAAGUCAUCAACCUGCUGGACUCCAACGGGUGCUCCAUUGACGGUGAAGUCUCCCUGAGGCCGUUCGUCGGUUCAACAGGGACAGAAGCCUACACCCCAACAUUCAAGACAUUCAGUUUUGUGGAGGCGAACAGUCUGGUGUUUGUCUGCAUGGUGGAUUUUUGUUACGAAACAAAUAACGAUGGCUGCAUUGGGGAUCACUGUUCUGUUGAUUUGAGACGUCGCCGUGAUACUGACUCCAAGAACCUGGAACAAGUCAAGGCCUUGGUGGUCGUCAUGGAUUCCUCAAGCUUUGACCGUCUUGAUGAGGUAAACAGCAGUUCACCAACUUCCAGCGACGCCAGAUUUGAUUGCACGGAAACUCUAUACUGGGUCGUCCUUGGCUUCAUUCUGCUCACCAUUAUCGUCCUCUUCAUCGCCUCGUGUCUGCUUUUUUGCUACUGCAUUGGAAUUCGACGCAGAGCAAAACGGGAAAAGACAAAAGGAUCCAUUUAAAAGCGGUCUUCUUUUAAUCAACAUCCUUCUUCUAUAUAGCGUAAUUGUCACAGAUACAGUCUCACGGAAUGGCAUGUGUGAAUCUGUGACGCUAUCAACACAUUCUGUGAAUCUGUGACGCUAUCACCUCUUCCUGUGAAUCUGUGACGCUAUCAACACAUGCUGUGAAUCUGUGACGCUAUCACCUCUUGCUGUGAAUCUGUGACGCUAUCAACAUGCGCUGUGAAUUUGUGACGCUGUCAGCUAUUGCUGUGAA